CUAACAUUAUUCCAAGCUUUUAACAAAUGAAGUGCGUAGUUCCUGGUUGCAAUACAGACGAUAACGUCGUCAGUUAUACUUCGGUGUUUUACGUAAACUUACCAGACGAUCAAAUCGUUCAGCAGCAAUGGUUUUCACUGCUGGAAGUAACGGAUGCCGAUCUGAUGCAAGCUCUGUCCGAUGGAGAGGUCAAAGUAUGCAGCUGCCACUUUGCAGAAGAAAGCUUCGGGCGUCACCCGGUGCACGGGUAUCGCUAUUUGCCCUCCACGGCGCUACCAUCCAUACUUCCUCAGCGAAACGUUCCUGACACACCACCAAAUCCCACAAAAGAAAGUGAUUCUGGUUCAAAGGAAACUCCACUUGAUUAUUUUUUCGUAUAUCUUGACGAACCAACUGGCAUCGAUCAUGUACCAUUAGACCAGGGUCCGGAUAGGACCGACCUUGAUCUAAUUGACGAUUUAAACGUUGCGGAACAUCCUACCGAACCUGUUGCUUCUUUUGAGAAACAAGCAAAAGAAGAUAAAGACGUAGAACCGAUAGAAGAAAACGACGACGACGAACUGGUUGAGGAAAUCGGUAUCGAGUAUGCGAAUGGAAAAUAUUACUUUCUCAAGCUGGACGACGACCAUUCGGCAUCGGAGGAUAACGAUGCACGUAUAUCGGAAGUGGAGUCAAAUGGGAAUGACGAUCAUGAGGAUGCUGUGAUAUGGAGAAAUGCGAAUGAAGAAACGCCAACCAAAGUGACCAAGCAAGAGGAUGAAAGCACACUAACCCAUACUAUUCCUGAUGUUGACGAUACCGAUGAAGUUGAUGAAGAGUUUGAGGAAAACAGGACAGUUAUUAGCGACAGUGAAAGUGUGAGCGAUGACGCGAAAGAAGUGCACUUGAAAGAUACCAGCAUAGGACUGUUGGGAGAAGAACCGGAACAGAAGAUCAUUCCGGAUGAUAUAUUUGUAAUUGAACCACUGGACGCAAAGUCUAAAGCACAGGACGAACCGGAAAUUGAGCAGCUGGACAGAGAUUCGACGCUAAAAGACGAUGCAUUAAGUGAAGCCGAGUAUGGUUCGAUUGAGGCACUGGAAGACACGUCGAUUUGCAGCGAUGAAGACUGGAAACAGAACCAACAAAAGGAUAAGGGGGAAAAUCGUUUUUUCUGCGAGCACUGUGAGAGAGGAUUUCGGUACAAAAGUUUUAAGGACCGACACGUUUUAAUACACACCAGAGAGAAGAAAUAUAGUUGUGGUAUAUGCGACAAACGAUUUUCGCAGAAGAUAAACCUUACGAUUCACAUGCGCGUCCACACCGGUGAAACGGUGGACAAGAAGUUUACCUGCCAAAUAUGUCAGAAAAAGUGCAUCCGAAUGAGCGAGCUGCAAAGCCAUAUGAUGAAACAUUUCCGUCAGUUUCCGCACGUGUGUCCGCUCUGCACGCAACGCUACUCGGACGCGACCGCAUUCUACGAUCAUUUCCAGGCCCAGCAUCAGCAGGAAAUGACCUUUCGCGAGCUGUUUGAUGUGUUGUGCGAGAACGAAAACACGAUGAUUAUUUCGGGCCUGGAACUGCCAGACGUUGAGGAAAAGGAUGGAUCGUUCGCGUGUUCCGUGUGUGGCAAAUCGUACCGGGGAAAGACUAUCCUAGAACGUCACAAACGAAAGAUGCAUGUAAAAAUAUUCGCCUGUCCACACUGCAAUCGUAAAUUCCCGUACAAAAGCUUGCUGGCCAAACACUUGCCAACGCACACGCUCGAAAAACCGUACAAAUGUCCUCACUGUACUCUUUCCUACACGCAGCGCGUCAAUUUACGGGUACACAUCGAACGAAAGCAUACGGAGCUGCAGAACUACGGUAGCGAAAACUAUUUCGAAACCGAUGAGGACGAACCCGGUGAUGAAAAAAGGGUGAAGCAGGAGCAAGCGCUCGCCAGGAUACAGCGGUACGAAUGUGAGGUGUGUGGGAAAAGGUUUACUCGUAAACCCUCGUUGAUGUUGCACCUGACCGCACACGAAAAGUGUGCCGAUCCCGUAACCUUCGACUGUACUGAGUGUGGCAUUUCGUUGUGUGCGCGCAUAUCGCUGAUCAGACAUCGGGCGCGGGUGCAUGGGUGGGAAGGGCCGAAGGACAACGUGCUCGGGAAUUUGGAGCUCCGGAACGUUACGAUCGUACCGACGGACGAUAAUCGCUAUGUGGAGAUCGAAGACGAAACGGACACGAUCGUGGAAGAUUACGGAAAUGAAUGCUAG